AUGGCAGAUCCCAAUGGGCGCUACCUUUUUCUCAAAGGCACCAUCGCAGAUCAUACCUAUACUUUUGCAUGCCUGUACAGUCACAAUAGAAGACAACACAUCUUCAUAAACCGCACCUUGACUAGGCUGGAGAGCUUCAGGGAGGGUCUGCUGGUGGUGGCAGGGGACCUGAACCUGCUGCUCGAUCCCCGCAUGGACACCUCUAGAGGCACAAGCACGGUGCCUACGCACAACAAUGCGAGUUCUGAGCAGGCUGAGGCUGGUGGACUGCUGGAGGGGCGAGUCACCCGGAAGAUCGCGACUACCCCCAUUAUUCGGCGGUCUACAUGCACGAAAGCCGCAUUGAUUACAUAUUCCUUGCGCAGGAAUAUCUGA